GCCAAACCCAAUCAGUCUGCAUUCAGCCCACGGAUGAAUUGAAUGUAGACCGGCCCUGGUCGCUGUCACCAUGUGGAGGUCCGCCGGGGACCAGAGCCUCUCCUCCGGUUCAGCGGGACCUCGCGUCGCGGUCGCCUACCUGCUCGUCACCGGGAUACUUGCUACUUUCACCGCCGGCAGCAUGACGAACGUUCCGGUGAGCCGCGGGCUGUUCUCGGACUACUUCAGACAGCUGACCAGGGAGAGGAGAGCCGUGAGCGGUUCGGCGCGGAGCGUUGCCCCGCCCGAGGCUGUGGAGCUUCUCUCGCCGGACGACCUGUUCAUUGCGGUGAAGACCACCAGCAAAUACCACCGGAAGAGGGUGGAUCUCCUCUUGGACACCUGGAUCUCCAGAAAUAAGCAAAAUACGUACGUGUUCACCGAUGGAGACGACGCGGAGCUGAGGGAACGGAUGGGAGGUCACAUGAUCAACACCAACUGCUCAGCCACUCACAGCCGCCAGGCUCUCUCCUGUAAGAUGGCGGCGGAAUAUGACGCCUUCCUCAUGUCCGAGCGAAAGUGGUUCUGUCACGUGGAUGAUGACAACUACCUGAAUGUGGGCGCCCUCUUGAGGCUGUUGUCUCAGUACAGCAGCAGGCGAGAUGUUUACCUCGGGCGGCCCAGUCUGGAGCGCCCCCUGGAGGCCUCAGAGGAGCUCAGCAAUGCCAGUGAAACGAGAAAGGUUUCCUUCUGGUUCGCCACAGGAGGGGCGGGUUUCUGUCUCAGUCGCAGCCUCGCCAUCAGCAUGCGACCCUGGGCCAGCGACGGUGCUUUUGCUGCGACGGCCGAGCACAUCCGCCUCCCGGACGACUGCGUGGUGGGCUACAUCGCGGGGGCGCUGCUGGGGGUCGGCCUCGUCCGCUCGCCAUUGUUCCACUCCCACCUGGAGAGCCUGGCGCUGCUGUCGCGCGUACACGAGCAGGUGACUCUGAGCUACAGCGGCAAGAACACGGUCAACCUGAGAGGACCCUUUUCACCACAGCAAGAUCCAACCAGGUUCUUGAGCGUGCAUUGUGUGUUGUAUCCAGACACCCCUUGGUGCCAACCCUGAUGAGUGAAUGAAAGCACCUGGGACCUCCCCAGCGUGGAAAUAUUACCGUGAGGAGGUGCGUGGAUGUGGAGACUCUGGGAUGCUGGUUUGAUGAGCGACACCACCCGAAGCUCAGCGAUCUUCAAAGGCUCCCUUUUUGAGCAUGCAGCCAGGAAGUCUGGAAUGACAUCAUUAGUGCUCCUUAAACUCAGUUGCCGUGGGUUGUGUGGGUGGCCACCUAGUGGCCUGGCAUGCACACGAUAGCCUUUUGAUUCCUUGAGAAGGAAGGUUUGAACAUGGAACAAGGUUUGGGACAACAACAUGGCUGGUAGCAUUGUUGCUGCUAGCAGAAAGCGCUAGGAUGAGGAGAUGAGCUGGCCAGGAUGGCUUCUACGUUGUUGGUGGUGGGCGAGGCGAGGGCCAGCCAGUGAAACUAACAUAUUCUUUGAAUAACUCCUUUUCUUGUUAGAAUACGUUUUUCUCUUUAUAUUGAGUCCAUCCAUCACCCAUAGCGGACCCGUGACCAAUUCAAGUGGAUGGGAAAUAUAAUUAUUGAUAUUUAUAAUAUAAUAUAUUUUUGAUCAUGAUUAAUCACAUUUUCCUGUAGUUAACUCACAAUUAAUCACAUUUAAUCACAGAUAUAAAUAAGUUUUUAUCUACAAUAAGUAGGGGAAAUCUCUUUGUGGUAAAUCCAAAAUUUGGAUUUGAAGUGAGACCUCAUGUUUUUCUUUAUUUAUGUCAGCUCCACAUAAGAUUUGUUUAUUUAUGAUACUGGUUUAAAAUUCUAAAUGUUUGUGAGUAAAAAAGCCUUUUUAGGAACAUUCAGAAAGGAUUAUUAUUAAAGAUUUGCCUCAAUGCACCUUUCCUUCAUGAAAUGUACAAAUGAAAAUACCUAAAACAGGGCAAUAGUCAUAAAACAUUUCAUUGGAAACUCUUUUAAAAUACAUAGAAAUGUAUAAUGCCAUUACAGUAAAUAUUACUGUAUUACAAUACUGUAACUAUUCAUUAGAAAUCCCACAGUUUGUUGAAUGUUUAACGUGGACUUCUAUUUGUCCUACUUUUUGGACGGUCAUUGAACGCACCGUUGCACCAUUCUCCGAUGCCCAGAGGGAUGUAUGGAUGUAUUUGGAUGUAUUUCCCCCCCUCUUUCUUUCACUUCAUACUUGCUCCCAAAUGCUAAUACUACGUGGGAAUGCAUCAAGGUAAAAUUUGAUGACUUUCAGUGCUAAUGUGUAUCGUUGUGGUAGUUCCAUGCUAAAUGGCUAAUGCUAGCACAACACUGGACUUCAGCCACGGUCAUCAACACUGACAGCCCGUCAAUAGCAGCUGGAAGUCCAAUUUAGCUGUUAGUUCAAUGUAAAUAUCGAGAUGUAAAAAUGUGAAAAGUACUGGUUAGUUGGGCCACUCUUAUGCCAAGGUAGCACUGUAUAUGACAAUAAAAACAAUACCUGCACUGCUCCGGUCUCUGGCAGGCCAUGUAAUCCGUGAUAAGUCAAACACAGCGACAGUAGAUACAAAUAACUAUGGUCUUACUACAAGAGCCAUCUGUCAGGGCUUUGAAGCUAACUUUCCCAAUCUAAAUACUCUUUUCUUUCUCCAUUUCCCGUCAAUAUUUAUUCCAGCUUGUGACAACAGAGUUACCGUACUUCAACCAAAUACGGUGGGGGCCGAGGGUCAAAAAGGAGGCGCGCACAUUAAUCGCGCCUCAAAAAAUGUUUAAAGGAAACUUCCGCUAACAACUUUGCCAGUCCUAAUCAUAACAUAUAGUCAUGGUCAUUGACGGAUCGCAGAUUGCGGUCGCAAUUACUUCAGGAAUUACGGUUAACGUGACAACAGAUAAUGUGACGUCACACGUUAUCAGCCAAUGAAACUGUUUGUUUACUGCUGGGAACCAUUCAUCCAUCUCCUGUGCUAAUCUUGAAGUAGAAGUAAGUAAGUCGUUGUUGGAGAAAGGUGAACAUUUAAAACUGAAAGGUGGACUGAUAUGUGUUCAUUCUUCUAGAAUAUGGCACCAUAUUCUCUGAAACGACAGCGCCUAGCAUGAAAGAUCUAGGAGCGUCACAGCGCAUUCAUUUACAGCACAGUGACGUGCAAAUGAGUCUUCACCAAGGAUUUGAUGGAUAUUGGAGCACAGCGACAUCUUUCACUGACGUUUCUCUUAAAGAGACACUUCUGUUUUUCACUUUGUUUUUCAUCUGCACCGCUGCUAUUGAUCUGUCGUGUACAGAUUGAACUGUACGUCACAGUACAUGCGGGGGUUUGUUAUUAAAAACAAACUUUCUUGGCUUUGUGUUGUGCAGCAAAGCUACUUUAUUCUUGUAAGAAAUGAACUGGAAUAAUUUGAUGACGAUUCAAGUCGCCUUCUACUCAAAGUACUCACAUUUUUAUGUGUAUCUUUUAUGUUUCUAUCAAACUGUGUAUGAGCAUUUUUUUUACAUUACAGGUCACAUGUUGUGCAUCCUGUCGAAUGUGAUGAAAGUGGAUGUUUUUGGGGGACGAUGGCUACAUCUAGUGGCUGCAUUCAGUACUGCAUUAAGAAUAAGCUCUGUGUAUAACAGACAAAACAGUAACGUUGGUUUGCUAGCUAUCCCAUAAUGCACUGCGCCAAAACCAACGGUCGUAAUCUAAUUAAAAAAAGCAAUUGAAGAGGGUUUUUCAAACUCGAGUAAUUAUCCAGUUCAGACGUUUUAUAAUUAUACAGAAUAGCUAUUCAAAUAUGACGUUUGAGACCAGUAAUUUUGCUGUUGCACUUCUUCCUUCCCUCACCAAAAACGACUGUAGUAAUGAUAUCUUAUUUGUCAAACAAAAAACACGAACUGUAUACUAGUCCUUGUUUACAAUAGUAUGUCUUGACAAAUUCUAUAUUCAUAAAUUUAGAUAUUUAAAUUUGCGUUUCAAAAGUAUUUAAAAUUAUAUUUAAAAUCCUUGAAAUUAAUCAAGACUAAAAAAAAGCACAAUAUAUAUAACCAAUCUGUUCCAAGCAGGCAUAACAUUACUUUUGUAUCCCUGUGUCUCAUUUGUAUUUUGUUAAUUAUAUACUUUUUCAUUCACUAUUUUCAUUUGUUUUGCUUAUGUAAGAGCGUUGUUUCUAUGUUAAUAUGUUCUGUACUUGAUUGCACGGCAUUUUAAUGCCAUUUUAUUUGUUUAUAAAAUUCUCGAAAAAAAAGAAAACUUUGCUGUUAGCUAGCAACCCCACAAUGCAUUGGGUCAAGUCGAAAGGUCGUAAUUUUGUAUUUGUUCUGUCAUAAUAAGAAACCUAGAACGUUAUGAGGAUUAUCUUUCCUGACUUCAGUAAUUAUAAAGUUCCGAUGUUUUAAUUAUGCAGAUUGACGAAACACAUACCACGUUGUAGGCGUACGGUAACUUUGCUGUGUUAGCAAGCGCUCCCAAAAUUGUAAAAUCAAAAUCCACUCACGUUUUGGACGAAUUUGUAAUUCAGCACAUAAAAAAACGGCCAAAUGUUAAAUGGCGAUUUCUGCGUGUAUGACCACUAGAUGUCGCUAUUGAAAAACGCCACGGGUAUAUUUGUGGCCACUAGAUGGUGGUGCACCGUAAUUGGCUGCAGGUAGCCUGGCUGGCUGCUGGUUGCAUCGGGAACCAUUUUCCCUUUGUGGUGCUGGUCUUGUGUCUAUGUGUGUAAACAAUGUGUUUUACUUGUUUUCCAAAUUGUAUGCUGAGGUUUCUCACACUGUGCUCCUUCAUUUAGGGGUCUAGUUUGGAGUUUUUUCCCCCCUCCCGUCUCCUAGUGUUGUCUUCACUAAAAUGCCUCUAUAUUUGGUAGUCCUUGAACACACUGUAGUGACUUUUGUUGAUGCUGUUCGUAAUGCACAGAAAUGGGGUUUAAUAUUGUUGCUAGAUCUGUAGAGGGUUUGCUGCAUAACCUGGAGUUAUUGGAGCCUUCAUAAUUAGUGGCGAGUGGUUAGGGCGCAGGUAACCCGAGUUCGAUUAUUCGAUUAUUAUUAUUAUUAUGUGAAUUGGUGCACUUUCUUUCUUCCGUUCAUUAUUUUACUUUUGUUUGUUUUUAAACUCAAUUGAAGUUUUCAACUCCAUGACAAACGUUUAGUAGUGUGUUGGGUUAAAAUGGAAAAACGGUGACCUCUGGUGGAUAAGAGAAGAUAAUGCAAUAUCAUUUUUUUGGUUUAAUUUAUUACUAUGGUGAUUAUUAAUCCGAUCCACACAACUACCAGCCACAGUAUCUGUGCUUCACUGAUAAUGUUGUUUUAUGGUCAAGUGUUGAGAUUUUGCACUUUGUUCAGCAGUCGUUGAACGCACCACAGGUGUCGACAGUCAAUCCGGCGUCAAAACUUGCAGCGAGUUGAACGCAGGUUAGUAUAGCCUGAAGCCUCAAACGCGGGGGUGUCCAAACUUUUUCCACAGAGGGCCGCAUACUGAAAAAUGAAAUGAUGCAAGGGCCACUUUCAUAUUUUGCAUAGAUAUGCUAAGAAGUUGUGAACAGUAAUAUGAGUGUGAACUUCACUCUUUGUUCUUUUUUUUCGCACAAAUUUGAUGAAAGGUUUGGACUUCAUCCACAUAAAAUUACUGUAUUUUGUAUUUUGUCUCACAUUUUCCAACUGUUAACUUUUUAAAAUUUUUGUAAUUUUUUUACUUAAACAUACCGUAUCCCACAACCUAUUUUUCCAACAACGUUGCUGCUUUGGUUUGCAUAAUUUCUUCAGUACUUCGUUCAACUUUAUGCUACUAAAAUGACGUCAUCUGCCCUCAUAUUAAGAUGUUCUCAUUAAAUUCAUUAAAAAUUAUUUUAACAUUACUCCAUUCAAUUUUUGCUAUUUUUUUCAAGUUAAAUUGUGCAUUUAAAAUGUGCUGCUAUCGGCUACAAAUGGCCCCCGCGCCACACUUUGGACACCACUGCUCCUCCGCUAGCCCAACGGCCAGGCUAAAGGGGAAGCGUAAGAGCGAGCCGUGUGUCAAAAGGCGUAUCGGUUAUUAUAUAAUCCGUGUUUACUGGACCAAUAUGUCAUAUUGGUGUCAUACGGUGGACUUUAUGUAACAAAAAACAUGAGAGUCUCUGCUCAUCCUGACCAAAAUCAAAACAUAACCAAAAGCGAAACCAGCCGUUGCUUCCACAUUUCCUUGUGACUUUGGCCAGAGAUCAUAGGUGGAAAUAAAUAACUUUUUUUCCCUCCAUUUUUGCAUAUUUUAUGGACUACAAUGAUAAAAGUAGUCAGACAUGCUUAUUUUGCACUGAACAGGAAGUGAUUGCACGUUUUAAUGCUGUGUAACAGGAUAGUACAGUAGUCCCUUGAUAUUGUGUGCUUUGAAUUUCAGUUUUUCCUAAAUAAAUCGUGCUGUUUUGUGGUUGAAUGCAGCCUAUUAGUCAAAAAUAAUAACAUUGGAUUAGAUUGUAUUGCACUUUUCAAUUAUUCUUUCACUCCUCAGUCAUGCUGCUGGUGGUAAUCUACAUCUGUAAGCACAGCAGCCCCGGGGUAGUCUCAUAGAACACCAUGGUACACCAAGGUGGCAAGCACUGCAGGCAGGGUGGGUUUAGUGUCUUGCCCAAGGACGCGGCAACAGUGACAGGGUGAACAGAGCGAGCAUCGAACCGUCAAUCUACAUUGGCGGUUCAAGAUGGCGGUGCAUGCAUGCAUAUGGAAGCCAUUUUUAUUUUUUGCCUAAAUUGAGCUUUUUCAAGCAUAAAACAUGCAGGUAUGUAUUCUACACUGGCCACUAGGUGUCAGUAAUAGCUUUGUAAUGUAUGGUCAGACACACAAGACACUUCCUGUCUGCCCCAGCGGAGCUCAUUUGCAGCAACACAUGCUAGCACAAGUCUUAUUUAUGUCUUAUAUGUCCUAUUU